AUGAGGGUGAUUCGCCAGCGACGUGGUGCUUCAGGUACCUCGACUUAUCUGGAGCUUACGACGAUCACGGCUGGUCCGACAGGGCUCGAGACAACAACGAACUCGACUUCAUCCGCUGAUGCACCCUUGUCAACGGAAACAAACAUCAAUCUUUCCACAAAUCCCACCUUUCGGCUUUCCGGAACGCCCACCUCCUCUCUCGGCACUUCACUCUCAGCCACUGGCCUACAAGUCCCGACCACCACCACUAGCUCUGGUCCCUCUACAUCAACGUCUGCGCAAGUUGUUCAACCUGUGAUCCUCUUCGUUGCUCCAGGUCCGCCUACUAAUAUUAGACGAAAUCUGCAGAAAAGAAUGCCGGGCGGAUUUGUGAACCAAAACACCAAUGCAAAUCGUCAAAGAUGCGACACCGCAACGGUGUUUUUCUUGGUCGCUGGCCAACUACUCGACGGCGGCGUUCCAGUGCAUUACUCCCCAGGUGAGAACUUCAAACCUAUCAUUGCUAUGGGGACGCCACCGAACAACGCCAUCACAACCACAUUCGACGUUUUCGAGGGGGCUCUUCGAUUUUAUCAUCCAUCCCUCCCUAGUAACCCGGCAGGCUUCUGUCAGGAUACCACUGGACGGGUCCACGUUGCCUUUACGUCCCGUCCGCCUGAUUGA